AUGGAGGGGACGGCGAAAAAUACCAACUAUUCCGACUCCUUCGAGCCCAAACAGCCAUUUCCUCCGCUGUUGGACGAGCUUGCAUCGCCAGAAGAGGCUCAGGAGAGCUAUGCCGAAGACGAAAGUGUCACCUCGCCCGGCUACGAUGAGAUCGAAGUAGAAGACGACGCGGAUUUCCAGUCACACUAUUCACUCGACCCUCAAUCCUUCUCUGAUUCAGAAUCAGACGACUCGGGCGACGGCAUUGGACAGCACCAUCCUUUCCACCAGUCGUCCAGCUCCCUUCAUGGCCCUAAUGCCUUUGCGCCUCCAUUCUACAACCGCCCACCGACACCGCUACCCCCUUCGCCCUCGCUGACAUCUCUCCUACGGCCUCCCUUCUCCACGACCACCUCACGUCCCACAACCCCCGACAGCUCGGACGUCGAAACUCCCAACGACACCGAGGCCGCCGUGGCCAAGUCGGCCCGGCGCGCGACCACCGUUCCACGCGCCAGCCCCAAGGUUCCGACAUAUGAGUACUAUGGAUUUGUGCUCUAUCUGGCAUCCUCGCUCGCAUUCCUGAUCUACCUCCUUUGGUCCUAUCUUCCCUCCCCAUUCCUUCACCAACUUGGCAUCUACUAUUACCCGAACCGCUGGUGGUCGCUGGCCAUUCCAUCAUGGCUGGUGAUGUCCAUUGUCUACAUAUACAUUGCUCUCGCCUCAUACAACACCGGCUAUCUCACCCUUCCCAUGAACAGUAUCGAGAAUAUCGUGGAUGAAGUUGCAAAUGUUGCUGUCAUCGAUGGCAAGGCGCGGCGGCGGCCCGGUGGCGCUACCAAGAUGAAACCCGGUGCGACAUCAUAUCAAAUAAUGGGCCCACAGAAUCGCAAGGUCAAUUGGUGCGAGAUCUGGAGUGAGGGCACCGAUGCAGUCAUGGAUAUCCCCGUAGGCGGUGUCUGCGAGGUGCUGUAUGGCCAAGAACGGGUUGAGGAUUUGGAUUUAUAA